AUGCAUCAGAGGGCCUCGCCGAGAGAUGAGAGGUUGGCGUUCACGCUCGUGAAAGAUGACGAGAAGCUGGUUACAGAGGAAGAUGAUGGGGACUCUGCAGCAGAAGAUGAACCUCUUGGCCACAACAUCUAUGCCCUGCUCAUUGCAGAGGUGACGAAGGCCUGGGAAAAGGUGUUCCAGAAGAACGCGCAGACAGCAGAUUUUUUCGUCACGGCUUUCCGUCUCUUCCACUCGCUCUUCCUUGUGUUUUCCGUGAUCGGAAUGCAGGUCUUUCUUCUGCACUCCGUGUCCUCCAAGCUUUGCGUGCCAGCAGUGCGGCAAGUCCGUCGGGUCUACGACGAGUUUCAAGUUGCGAUAUACGGCGAGAACACCUACAUCACGAUCAACGGAUUCCACCGGGGCAAAGCAGGAGCUGAGCCAGAUCUGGCAGGUUUCCGGGCUCUGUCCAUGGAGAAGAAGGUUGAGAUCUGCAGUGUGCCUCUGUCUCAGCCGUACUUCACUUAUACCAUCUUGCUGAUCUGGACCGUGACGUGCCUCGCAGAAAUUCGCCGAGCAGUUCGGCUACUAUUCUCCACGCUACUCUCGGUUCCGACGGUCCUUGUGGUGGAAGACGUGCUGAAGGACAAGACCAUCACCGGUAUGACGAGAGGCAUGAAGGCUUUCAUUGGCGUCUUCUGUUUCCUGCCACGGAUCGCUGCGGCGGUGUUGCUGAACUACCUUGGCUGCCGGUGGCUUCUCUCGACCGCCAACCUCCAGGACCUCUUCCUCAACUCAUUGGCUCUGGAGUUCAUGGUUGUGCUGCCCGAACUGCUUUACAACACCUUCGCGACGGAUCGAGGAAAGAGGCUCACCGAGGAGACCAUGCUCACGGCUGGUGAAAAGGCUGCUGCCCCGUUGAAGGGAUCAAUCAAAAGCUUGCUGCUUUCGUUGAUGUGGGUAGCGUUCGCCGUCGUCUGGGUCUACGUGUACAUGGUCUAUGUCCAGAGCGUCCUCCCAGGCUACAACUGGGAUGUGCGACCGGUCUGCGUCGCCCACCCUGAGAUCUUCCUCGAAGAGUCCGACCUUUAG